UGUGUUGAACUGUUGCUCAGUCAGCACUGCUUUGAAAGCUUCAGCUCUGUGUUUUCUUCCUCAGCCUGCGCAGGCUCUCGUCAGAGAGGAGGAAGCUCUAUACUCUUCCUUUUGAUGUACUCGUCUCCACAUGCCUCCUUUGCAUCUGCAGGUCAGAUGCUGAGCUCUCUUUGCAUUUAGUUUGAGCAUUUCCUGGAGUACAUCAGUUUCACCACCGUGCUUUACUUUUGAGAAAUGAGGGCUGAGGUGCUGGUUGUCUGGGUCUGGCUGAGCCUUUGUUGGGCCCUGGUCAGCACUGGAGAACCUGUGGAGAAGCAGCAGCUGUCAAGAGUCCAGGCUCAUGUAAGAGAAGCUAGAGGACUGCUCAGACCCGGGACAGAAGGGGACAGAGAGGACGCAGAAAUGUCAGAUGAGCCAGCUGAAGUUACAGUAGAGGAGAAGACCAAAGCAAAAAAGAAAACCCCUGAGGAAAUUGAGGCCGCCAGGGCCAAGAAGGCAGCAGAGAAAGAGGCUAAAGCAAAGAAGCAGAAAGGCCCAAAGCCCACCAAGAAACCAAAGCCACCCAAGCCCACCAAGAAACCAAAGCCACCCAAGCCCACCAAGAAACCAAAGCCACCCAAACCCACCAAGAAACCAAAGACAACAUUAACCACGGUGCAGCCAGAAAUCCGCCAGCCUCCUCUGGAGGAGGAAGUGGACCUGGAUACAUCAAUUCAGCUGGAGAUUCCAACGGAGCCUGUUGAGCCAGACCUGGUGAUUGGUGGAUACAAAGACAACAAGAAGGAAGCCACAACCACUGAAGUCAUCAUGUACAAACCAGAGGAAACCACCUCUGUCCCAUUCAUUGGUCCCUGGUAUGAUGAGUAUGAUUACACUGACUUGGCAGUGGCAAUGGCAAAAAAACAACAAGAGGAGGAGGAGAGAGCUCGUAAGGAAAAGGCAGAAAAAGCUGAGCGGCUGAGGAAACAGUGGGAGGAGGAAGAAGCGGAAAGACUGAAGCAGACAAGUUUUCCCGCUGAUCCAAAAAAGUGUCCUCCUUUGGGCCUGGAGUCUCACCGGGUGGAAGACGACCAACUGCUGGCUUCCUCUCAGUCUCACCAUGGCUUCGCGGCUCAGAGGGGACGCCUCAACAUGCAGAGCUCUGAAGAUGAGGAAGACAUGUACGGAGGUGCAUGGUGUGCAGAGUCUGAGGAAAAAGAGCAUUGGUUUCAGGUGGACGCUCGUCGAGAGGUGGAGUUCACUGCUGUCAUCACCCAAGGAAGGAACUCGGAGCAACUUGAGGAUUUUGUAUCAUCCUACUUCGUGGCCUUCAGCAACGACAGCAGGGACUGGACGGUGCUGCACGAUGGCUAUGCUGAAUGGUUGUUCUAUGGGAACGUGGACAAGGAAACACCUGUAAUGAGUCAGUUUGCUGUACCUGUGGUGGCGCGUUACAUCCGGAUCCUGCCUCAGAGCUGGAAUGGCAGCCUGUGUCUAAGAGCCGAAGUCCUGGCCUGUCAGCUACAAAGGAGCUACCACAGUGAGAAUGAGGUCAACGCAUCUGAUGACCUGGACUUCAGACACCACAACUACAAGGAGAUGAGACAGAUGAUGAAGGUGAUAAAUGAGGAGUGCCCCAACAUAACCAGGAUUUAUAACAUUGGGAAAAGCUCACAAGGCCUCAAGAUGUAUGCCAUGGAGAUCUCAGACAACCCAGGCGAACACGAGACAGGUGAACCUGAGUUUCGCUACACAGCCGGUCUCCAUGGCAACGAAGCUUUGGGUCGGGAGCUUCUCCUGCUGUUGAUGCAGUUCCUGUGCAAGGAGUACAAAGACGAAAACCCGAGAGUGCGGCGCCUGGUAGACGGAGUGAGGAUUCACUUGGUGCCGUCACUGAACCCAGAUGCCUACGAGCUGGCUUACCAGAUGGGCUCAGAAAUGGGAAACUGGGCGCUUGGUCACUGGACUGAAGAAGGUUACGACAUCUUCCAGAAUUUCCCAGAUCUGAACAGCAUCUUAUGGGGAGCUGAGGACAGGGGCUGGGUGCCUCGUGUAGUGCCCAAUCAUCACAUUCCACUGCCAGAAAACUCCCUCAGUGGUUCUCUUGCAGUUGAGACUAAAGCUAUAAUUUCGUGGAUGGAGCGAAAUCCAUUUGUACUGGGAGCCAAUUUGCAAGGAGGAGAAAAAAUGGUGGUUUAUCCUUUUGAUAUGCAGCGUCCCCAAAUUUCUUUAACUGAUAGUCGGCGGUGGAGGGUCAACUCUGAGAUGAACGAAGAGACUUGGGCUCGGAUUCAGCGGCAGAACGAAGGAGCACUCAGGGAGACUCCUGAUGACGCCAUGUUUCGCUGGUUGGCAAUGUCGUACGCACACAGCCAUCUGACCAUGACCGAGACCUAUCGGGGAUCCUGCCACGGUGAUGAUGUCACUGGAGGGCAAGGGAUCAUUAAUAGAGCCAGCUGGAAGCCAGUGGUGGGCAGUAUGAACGACUUCAGCUACCUCCACACCAACUGCUUCGAACUGUCAAUCUUCCUCGGCUGUGACAAGUUUCCUCAUGAGAGUGAGUUGCUGCUAGAGUGGGAGAACAAUCGCGAGGCUCUUCUAUCCUUCAUGGAACAAGUGAAUCGAGGAAUAAAAGGCAUUGUAAGAGAUAUGGAUGGAAAUCCGCUGCCUAAUGCCACUAUAUCUGUGGAGGGAAUCCGGCAUGAUGUCAAAACAGCUGCAAGUGGAGAUUAUUGGCGGCUGCUGAAUCCCGGUGAGUACAAGGUGACAGCCAAAGCUGACAACCACACACCCCAGAUGCGGCUCUGUAUGGUGGGCUACGACACUGGAGCUACUCCCUGCAGUUUUACCUUAGCCAAGUCCAACUGGGACCGCAUCAAAAAAAUUAUGAAACUUAACGGGAACAGGCCCAUUCGACUUGUCACCAAAACAAGUGUGGUGAAGGCGACUGCAUCGAGCACCACGGCGGAGCUCUCUAUCAUAGGGAGGGUAACUCAGGCCAACUCUCAGAAAGCAAAGCAAUUCAGGCGGCUGAGACUGAUGCGUUUGCGCAGACUGCGUGAAAGGAGGUUAAGAGGCAGAGUCACGACCACCCCUCCAACAACAACGACAACAACAACAACGACGACAACAACCACAACACAACCACCUUACACCGAGAGCACAACCUCCUGGUACGACUCUGCGGACAGCUGGACAGAGAACCCGUUUGACACCUUCAUAUUUGACUCAGUGCCUACACAGGAAUAUAAUUUUGAAUUCACUAUUGAUUAACACAAAAUCGAUACCUAUCUGCACAAGUCCUCAAUAACCACACACUACUACUACCGCCUUUCAGUUAUUUUGUUUUCAAAAAUAAUCUUUGUGAUGAGAGAUGCACCGAGAAAUUGGCAGAUUUUCAACCUGACUGACCCUGAGCAGUGACUAGCUGGCUAGAAAUUUUAUAUCUGACCUUAUUCCGAUCAGUAAAUGCACCAUAUCUAAGAGCUAACCGGUUGAAAAGAGAGAACUCUUUGGUGUGAAAGUUCUUACUGAGAAGUGAGGCUCAUAGUUUGCAAGUUUUGGUACUAGUGUGCCGUUUAAAAUAAAGUCAGAGGAAGCACACAGAUGUAAGAAGCAGUACUUUACACAUUUUAAGACAUGUUCGUGGCUUAUCCAAGCGGCAAGAGUUAGGGAAAGCGCCACUUUCAGCUGAUAACAGGAAGGCUGAACAUAUUACAGCAAAGUUGCUCUGUUUAUACUUUUGACUUUUCAGCCUCUGCAUUAAACGUGCUGGAUUUGGGAAUGUUGGCAGAAAUCUGGAAAUCUCAGAGUUGGAGGACCUACACUUUGUAGGGAAACUCUCUCUCUUUUCUCUUCCUAGAAGCUACACCUGGCCUGGCUCUGUGUCUACCUGUGACACCUUUCUGGAGGGGGGCAUUGUCCAAGCUUCUGCUGGCAACAACUUAAUGCUCACCCUCUACCGA